ACAAGAUUUCCGCGGCUUGGGGACGAUGCCUGCCUGGCCAGAGACUCACUUCACGUUCCCACCUUCACACAGGGGUCUGGGUGUUCACCGAUCCCAAAGGAGACCGCAAAUACCACAGCGCAGGCACCCCCUAUCCUCGCUCUCCGCGGCGACCUCCAGAGCCGUUUGUCCUCCAAGCCUCUCGUACGGUGUGACCGUCUCCAGUGCAGAAAACAGAUGGGGAGGGGGGCAAGAUAAGCCCCCUCCCGCUAUGUCCUCAUGUGCAUUGCCGCACGUAUACAUAGCCGAGCCGCCGCUCCCCUUUGCACCUCGCUUCGCGCUGCCCGCCGCCACCGAGGGGACAGCCAGGGUGGGGGGCCUAGGGAGGCAAACUUUCCGCCCGGCUGGGCCAAGGUGAGGGUUUCGUCCUUCCUUUAGCUUCAACGUCAGCGCUGCAGCUCCAUCCUCCCUCGGUCGCGCCACUCUGAGUGGAGGGCGGCGCGGCGGAACCCUGCGCUCGUUCCCGGCGGCAGGGGCUCCGCUCCGGCGCGCCCCGCACCGGAGAGUAGGCGCCGGGCUCCGGCGUGCUCUGCUGCCGGCACCGCCUCCGCCGCAGAAGAAGGAUGGAGCCGGGCAAGGAGCCCCGGCUGACCACCGGAGGAAAGCCCAGCGAAUCUGAGUCGGCGAUAUCCUUCCAGGCCCGGCUGUGGAAGAACCUGCAGCUGGGGGGUAAGGGCCGGAGCGGCGGCGGGCGGGCAGGAGCCGAGCGCCGCACUGCGGAGCCCCCCGCUCCGCCGCCGCCGACCAGCGGCAAGGGGGACCUGCCAGCCGGCGCAAAGUGGAGCGGCUUCAAGCGACGGCGGCAAGUGCUGGACCGCGUCUUUUCGUCCUCCCAGCCCAAUCUCUGCUGCUCGGCGGCCGAGCCGCUGGAGCCGGACGGCGAGUCCGGCUCCGCCCUGCGCCGCCUGCGGGAGCACCUGCUCCCCCAGGGCAAGGGGCCGCCGUCCGGCAGCCGGGUCGUGCCCGCCGUCGGCGAUGAGGGGCAGGCGGGUGGCAAGGAGGGGCGCCGGCCUGGGGCGCACCUGUCCCACCAGAAGAGCUCCUCGUUGCCCAGCACCGCUUGCCUGGAGCAGCUGCUGCAGGGCUCGCCCACCGUCGGCAGGAGACAGGAGCAGCGGGCGGAGGACGGCGAUGGUGGCGGGAGAACUAAUUUGGUUGGAACAAGUAAUGCAGAUUUUCCCUCUGGGGACCCUGGAGUGUACCAGUUGGAUGUUACUUUAAGAAGAGGACAAAAUCUAGCUGCCCGGGAUCGUGGCGGAACCAGUGAUCCAUAUGUCAAGUUCAAACUUGGAGGGAAAGAAGUAUUUAGAAGUAAAACAGUACACAAGAACCUCAAUCCUGUGUGGGAAGAAAAAGCUAACAUUCUUAUAGAUAACCCAAGAGAACCAUUGUAUAUAAAGGUAUUUGACUAUGACUUCGGACUUCAAGAUGACUUCAUUGGCUCAGCAUUUUUGGAUCUGACAUCGUUGGAAUUAAACAGGCAGACAGAUGUUACCUUGAGUCUGAAGGAUCCUCAUUACCCUGACCAUGAUCUGGGAAGUAUAUACUUGUCAGUUCUGUUGGCUCCAGGAGAGCAGCGAGAACCGACUAUGCUAAUGAGGAAGAGUUGGAAAAGAUCAAGUAAGUUUCAGACCCAGAGCUUACGUCUCUCAGACCUGCACAGAAAGUCUCAGCUAUGGAGAGGGAUAGUUAGUGUUACCUUAAUAGAAGGUCGUGAACUUAAGGCAAUGGAUGCAAAUGGGCUAAGCGAUCCAUAUGUGAAGUUCCGAUUGGGGCAUCAGAAGUACAAAAGCAAGAUUGUGCCAAAAACUCUGAAUCCACAAUGGAGGGAGCAGUUUGACUUUCAUCUCUAUGAUGAACGAGGUGGAAUUAUUGAUAUUACCGUUUGGGACAAAGAUGCUGGCAAAAGGGAUGAUUUUAUUGGCAGAUGCCAAGUUGACCUGUCGACCCUGAGUAAAGAACAAACCCACAAGCUGGAGAUGCCGCUAGAGGAGGGAGAGGGAUACCUGGUGUUGUUGGUCACUCUCACAGCCUCAGCUGCAGUCACUAUCUCUGACCUCUCCGUUAACUCCCUGGAGGACCAGAAGGAACGAGAGGAGAUACUGAAGAGAUAUAGUCCAAUGAUGAUGUUCCAUAACAUCAACGAUGUGGGAUUUCUUCAGGUGAAGGUCAUCAGGGCAGAGGCAUUGAUGGCAGCUGAUGUCACAGGUAAAAGUGACCCAUUUUGUGUAGUUGAAUUGAACAAUGACAGACUGCUGACACAUACCAUCUACAAGAACCUCAAUCCAGAAUGGAACAAAAUCUUCACAUUUAAUAUAAAAGAUAUCCACUCGGUGCUUGAAGUGACAGUUUACGAUGAAGACCGUGAUCGAAGUGCUGACUUUCUAGGCAAAGUUGCUAUACCAUUGCUGUCUAUUCAAAAUGGUGAACAGAAAGCCUACGUCUUGAAAAACAAGCAGCUGACAGGGCCAACAAAGGGGGUCAUCUAUCUUGAAAUAGAUGUGAUUUUUAAUGCUGUGAAAGCCAGCAUAAGAACCUUAAUGCCUAAAGAACAGAAGUAUAUUGAAGAGGAAGACAGACUAUCUAAACAGCUACUGUUGAGGAACUUUAUCCGGAUGAAGCAUUGUGUCAUGGCACUCGUAACUGCUGUCUGCUACAUUAGCAGUUGCUUUGACUGGGAUUCUCCCCCAAGAAGUCUAGCUGCUUUUUUGCUUUUUCUUUUUGUGGUCUGGAACUUUGAGCUCUACAUGAUACCACUGGCUUUGUUGUUGCUGCUGGCAUGGAACUACUUCUUGAUCAUAUCAGGGAAAGAUAAUAGGCAACAUGAUACAGUAGUGGAGGACAUGCUAGAGGACGAGGAAGAAGAGGAUGACAGAGAUGACAAGUCCAGAGCUGGGUCAAAUAUUUUUUUUGCCAGGAACAAAAAUAAUUCAGCAUGUCUGGAACUUGAUAGCUUUUGUGAAGAUAACUGCAGCAACAACUGUUUUUGAAGGACAAAAAUUCCACCUGUCUUGAAUAUUACAAAUAGGGCUGCACUUCAGGUGAAAAAUGGUAUGGAAAUAGCAACUCCAUACUGGUUGAAGUUGGGAUAUUGACAUCUAAAAUUUUAAAAGAAUUACUUGGUUGGAGAAUGGCUUAAAUGUUUUGCACUCCAUAUGACAUUCAAAUAAUCACGAUUCUCCUAGAUAUCCACUUGAUUUGAAGUUUGCAUUGUGGCCCUGCAAGGUGGGAAACUGUGGCGGAUCAUUCAGCUAUUUGAGUGGACGCGGUUCAGUUUAGAGGCUGCUGAUUGGGUUGAGUAUUGCAACCACAGUGAACAACAACUGAUUUCCACAUUUAGCCCAGCUAUCAGACUGCUUGGAUUGGUUAUCCCCCAGGGAGAGGGGAAAAAAAAAAAAAAAAAAGAAAAGAAAUUAAAAUGACCUUGCACCACAGAAGCAAUGGCUAGUACUGGCAGGAUGGCUUACUGGUGAGACAAGUGCAGUGAAGACAGCCCCUUUGUUGCUGGUAUUUUCGUAUCAGAAAGGUGUUAUUUGUGGAAGAAAAGGAAAAGAUAGUUUUACAACAACUAUGUAUUAAAAUUCAGAUUAUUUUGACCUUCACAGAUGUUCCCCCCACUUCUCUUGUAGUAAAGCUUUUUUUUUUUUUUUUUCUGAGAGGAGAAAAACAGUGUAUUUAUGCUCUUGACCUUUUUUCUGGCUGAGAUAUACAUUUAUAUGAAGAAUAUAAGAAUUCAUAUGCUGGCAGUAGCAUUUGAAAUGUCAGAAAAUUCACCAUGAUUAGUUAAUACCCUGAAUGAUUAUUUUUCUGUUAGCUAACACCUAAAAUGUGAGAAAUGAUUUUUAAAAAGAUUAUUUUGCUUGUUCCAUUGCCAGGUCAAACAUUUUAAAAUUGACAGAAAGCUAUUUUGUGAAAUUCUUCUAUGCGCCAUUUAAAUUGUUAGCUACAUAAUUUCAGAAUGAGCAAACAUUGUAAUAACAAAACCUUCUUUUACAAAACACAUAUGUGACAGUUUUUAACACUAAAUAAUAUGAGCAUCCACUUCUGGCAAUAAAAUACGUGAUUUAUUGCAAGGGUCCAUCAUGUAGCUGUGAAGAGCUUGUAUUUUAUCUUAACAUGCUGGCUUUGAAUCAUCAUUUGUUU